AUGGGCUUGGCAGUAAUAAUAGCAGCAAGAAAGCUCAGACCAUACUUUAAUUGUCAUCCUAUUCAGGUGCUCACAAAUCAACCGCUAGAAAAAGCUCUUCAGAAGAUGGAUACCUCGGGUCGUUUGCUGAAAUGGGUCGUGGAAUUAUCUGAGUAUGACAUACAAUACAAACCUAGAACCGCCAUCAAAGCUCAAGCCCUGGCGGAUUUUGUGGUAAAAGCCUCGUAUGAAGAAGAGGAAGUAGAACAAAAAGAGAGUUGGUUAUUGGAAGUAGACGGAUCCGCCGCUAAUAGCGGAUCAGGAGCCAGAAUAGUUAUGACAAGUCCAGAAGGGAACAGUUUCCAGUACGCUAUCAAGUUUGCAUUUCCGGCAUCAAAUAAUGAAGCUGAAUACGAGGCCGCAAUUGCAGGGAUGAGAAUGUGUUUGGCGGCUGGUGCAAAACACGUGCUCCUGAAGACAGAUUCUCAGCUGGUUAGCGGCCAACUAAAAGGGGAUUUUGAAGUAAGGGGAGCAAACAUGAUGAAGUAUGUAGAGAAAGCUAAGGAGCUGAUAGUUCAGUUUCAACAUUUCGAAGUGCAAGCGAUUCCGCGAGCAGAGAACGCGAAAGAAGAUGCCCUUUCUAAGCUUGCCUGCUCCAAUUCAUUUAGCGUGGAAAGAACAGUCACAGUGGACAUGCAGAAAGAAAAAAGCAUUUCAGAGCAGGCAGUGACCGUUAACAAUAUUAAUCAGCAGGGAGAAUGGUUUAGCGAGCUGGUUGAAUAUAAGCUAACAGGAGCACUCCCAAAUAAUCCCGCAUCAGCAAAGAAACUGAGACGACAGGCAAAUUGGUAUAUCAUAUACCAAGAUGAAUUGUAUAAGAAAUCAUUUAGCCUGCCUCUGAUGAAAUGUGCAACGGCAUGGGAAUCGAAGAAAAUCCUAGAAGAAAUACAUGAGGGCAUAUGCGGAAAUCAUAUUGGCGGAAAAGCUUUAGCAUUAAAAGCGCUGAGAGCCGGGUUUUAUUGGCCGACUAUGCUAGCAGAUGCUGAGAGUUAUGUCAAGAGGUGUGAUAAAUGCCAGAGAUAUGCUCCCGUCAUUAACAGACCAGCUAAUGAUUUGCAACCUAUAUUGUGUCCAAUCCCGUUCGCGUAG